CAUUCCGUUAGAUUACUUGAGAAGCUUCAGUGCCCAAAAAUCUCACUUUCUCUCUUGCGGUCGUAGCAAACCCUAGAUCGAAUCAUGUCUGGAGGUUACGGUCAAGAUGGAGGAGGUGGCUCUGCGCCACCGUCCUAUGGAGCUAGCGGCGGAUACGGUUCAUCCGGUGGUUACGGAGGUGGUGCAGGUGGUGGCGGUGGAAAUUAUGGAGGAGGUGGUUUCGGAGGAGGCAACACCGGUGGUGGCUAUGGUGGUCAUGAAAGCGGUGGAGGUUAUGGAGCUAAAGGAAGCGGAAACGGUGGAGGCGGCGGGUAUGGAGGUAACGAUGGUGGAAGUUACGGCGGAAGGAGUGGGUAUGGUGGAAACGACGGUGGAGGAUACGGUGGAAGAGGAGGCGGUGGCGGUGGAUAUGGAGGUCGAGGUGGUGGCAGUGGUGGUUUUCAAGGUGGAGAUCGCGGUGGACGAGGUGGUGGUGGACGUGGCGGCCGUGGUGGUGGUGGAAGUGGCAGAGACGGAGAUUGGCGUUGCCCUAACGAAAGUUGUGGAAACUCGAACUUUGCCAGAAGGACUGAAUGUAACAAAUGCGGUACCCCAUGUCCUACCAGUGGUAAUGACCGCGGUGGUGGUGGUUAUAAUAGAGGAGGAAGCGGUGGUGGAUAUGGCAGUAACCGAGGAGGUAGAUCUGGAAACUAUGAUGGAGGUAGAAGUAAUGACUAUAAUAGUGGAAGGGGUAAUAACAAUGAUGGAAGAAGUGGAGGGAGCAGUAGGGGCGGCUCAUAUGGUGGUAAUCAAGGAAGAGAAGAUGGUGGCUAUGGUCAAGCUCCUCCUCCUGCUGCUCAACCUUAUGGGGGUGGUGGUGGUGGAAACUACCCACCUACUUACGGUGCAAAUGCAAAUUAUGGAACAGAUGCUGUUCCUCCACCUACAAGCUAUACUGGUGGACCUAAUUCGUAUCCUCCUUCAUAUGGGGGUAACACGGGUGGUUAUGGUGGAGAUAAUCAAGGUGAUGGACGGAGUGGUGGUAGGGCUGCACCUGCAGUUGGAUAUGACAGUGGUUAUGGUGCUGGUAAUCGUGGUGGAGCUCCUGCCGAACCACCAGCUCCGGUGAAGCAGUGCGAUGAGAAUUGUGGGGAUAAAUGUGACAACUCUAGAAUCUACAUCUCAAACUUACCACCAGAUGUGAAUGUUGAAGAAUUGCAGGAACUUUUUGGAGGCAUUGGACAAGUUGCAAGAAUAAAGCAAAAGAGGGGUUAUAAAGAUCAAUGGCCUUAUAACAUUAAAAUCUACACCGAUGAAAGUGGAAAGAACAAGGGUGAUGCAUGCCUUGCUUACGAAGAUCCUUCUGCAGCUCACUCUGCAGGCGGUUUUUAUAACGAUUAUAAUUUGAGGGGGUACAAAAUCAGUGUUGCGAUGGCAGAGAAAUCUGCACCAAGGGCUCCACAAUCAAAUAGCCAUGGGGGAAAUAGGGGUGGCUAUGGUGGAGAUAGGCGCAGAGACAAUUAUAGAGAUGGGGGUGCUUCUGGUCCUGAUAGGCGGGAUCAUUAUAGUGGGAAUCGCUCACGCCCAUACUAAAGCUUCUUCAUUGAACGUUUUAUGUACUAUGAAUUGGGUCUGAGGGAUUUAUUAUUUCAGUUGGCUGGUUUCUUGAACUGGAUUCUUAGAGGUAGGUUGUUCACUUACUUUGAGCAAGACCUCUUCGCUCCUGCUUUUUCGGUUAUUAGCCGUUGGGUUUGACUUUUAGCCAGGGAUUAAUUAAUUUAAUCAUGUGAAUGUUUUUAUAGAGGCAUGUGGAUAGUCUCCAAAUAAUUGCUGCUAAGCUAGGUUGAUUAUUUCAGGUGAGUGCUGCUUUCAUGAAAACGUGCUUUAUACUUGCUUGAAAAUUAAACCAUAUGUCAUUAUGUGGAUUAAUGCUUGCAACCCUGGCUCAUCCCAUGUGGCAUCUGGUACAAGCCGGUUAUUGCACGACUUAAUAUAAACUGUAUAUCAGUCACAGUUUAAUGGAUCAUUUAAUCCCUUUAGUGUGUUUCAAGUGCAAUCUGAUUUGCCAGGAUAUUAGUUAUUCUGCAUGUAGUUAUCUUCAAAAUCAUUCACAUCUUUUUCAUUACAAGUUAUAUACUGAUAGCCUGUUGGGAAUCGAGGCAUUGUAAUAUCCUUUGAAGUCUUUUAUUGCUCUUAAGUUACUUGGUGCCCUUAAGUUUUGAUAAUAACUCUUUGAAUUAGCUGUCGAACAGAUCUUGGUUACAAUUUAGUUUUUUAUUGAGUUAAUUUUAUACAAACUGCAACUGCCUCUAUUGAAAGCAGUUUUCUUACCA